AAACUUGCUUAUAUCUGCAUUAUGCAUUAUGCAGUAUACUUAAACCUUAUUGACUUCAAUUUCAAAUCUGAUAAGCGCUCGAUUUUUCACAUUUCAAUUAGCCAACUGUCAUUUACACUUAUCUAUCUAUGCAACCCUGUAUUUUUGUUUAUAAAGAGAGAGCUAGCAGAUAGUUCUGAUGCUUAAUGACCCCGGAAAUAUUUUUUCGAAUUUUCACCAGAUCCCAGAGAAAAACAAAGCAAAGAAACCAAAAGGGUUAUUGAAAUAGUUCUUAUUUCUUCAUGGCUACCAAGAUCAUAGCAUUAUUUUUUUUCUGCAUAUUUUUUUCUUGUGUCAAUACUUCCCAAGCCAUAGUUGUCUCAGACGAAUCGUUACGUAAUAUCAACUCCUGGUGCGAAAGUACACCCCAUCCGGAGCCAUGCAAGUAUUUCUUGAGCCAUGAUCUACAGGUGGAACCAAAAGACAGCGGCGAUUUCAGGAGAAUAAUGGUGGAAGUAGCUCUGGAGAAGGCCUUAAAAGAGCAAAAUGGCACGGAUAGGCUUGAAAAUCGAUGUGAUAGCAAGAGGAGAAGAGCAGCGUGGACUGAUUGCAACACAUUGUUCCAAAACACAAUUUAUCAACUCAACCAAACCCUCGAAGCCUUGAAAAAAAACACAAGCGUUUCUUUCAAUUUUGAUGCGCAGACUUGGCUCAGCGCUGCCUUGACGAAUAUUGAGGUAUGUCGUUCGGGUUCUGUAGAGCUAAAUGUUACCAAAUUCAUAGCUCCCAUUGUGUCGAAUAAUGUGUCAGAGCUGAUUAGUAAUAGCUUGGCAAUCAACGGAGCUCCUUCCGCGGAUGAGGAUCAAGGAGAAAAUAAUAAAGAUAAAGAUUUUCCGACAUGGUUUACUAGGAAAGACAGGAGACUCCUGCGAAGGAGAUCAUGGCCGUCGAGGGCGAACGUUGUGGUGGCCAAAGACAGGUCCGGGAAGUUUAGUUCAGUUCAAGCUGCUAUAAAUUAUGCAGCAAGAGUGAAGAAGAGAGAUUCGAGAUUCAUUAUAUAUGUGAAGAGAGGUGUUUAUCGCGAAAAUAUUGUUGUUCCGAAUACGCUGAGCAAGAUUAUGUUGGUUGGCGACGGGAUGAGGUACACAAUAAUCACUGGGAGCAGAAGUGUAGGUGCGGGAUUUACAACCUACAGCUCUGCAACUGCAGGGAUCGACGGAGUUGGCUUUAUUGCACGUAGCAUUACGUUCCGUAACACAGCUGGACCGCAGAAGGGACAGGCCGUGGCUCUUCGAUCAGCAUCUGAUCUCUCUGUAUAUUAUUCCUGUGCUUUUGAAGGAUACCAGGACACUCUUUUUGUUCUUGCACAACGCCAAUUUUACAAGUCAUGUUACAUUUACGGUACCAUAGACUUCAUCUUUGGAAAUGCAGCAGCUGUGUUUCAGAACUGCAUUAUAAAUGUCCGAAGACCGCUGCACGGCCAGAUAAACGUCAUAACGGCUCAAGGCCGGGCUGACCCGUACCAGAACACCGGUAUUUCAAUUCAUAGCUCACGUAUACAAGCUGCACCGGACCUUAGACCGGUGGUGAGAGAAUUCAACACAUACCUAGGACGUCCGUGGCAGCAAUAUUCGCGAACUGUUGUGAUGAAUUCCUUCAUCGACAGCCUGGUGAAUCCGCAAGGAUGGUUAGCCUGGCAAGAAUCGAAUUUUGCUUGGAAUACUUUGUAUUACGGGGAGUAUAAUAACUUCGGGCCAGGUUCUGUCACCGGAAAAAGAGUCAGGUGGCGCGGCUACCACGUUAUCAGAAGUGCGAACGAGGCAUCUAAGUUCACAGCAGCGAAGCUUAUAGCUGGUCAGGCCUGGUUAGCUUCCACUGGGGUGCCAUUUUACUUAGGGCUAUGAUCAUAUCUCAAUCACAUGCCAUUCAUUCUCAGAAUUGCUUUCAUUAGUUUAUUUUACAAAGUUCUGUAUAUUAUUUUUUAUAUAUACCUAUCAUCUUGAAAAUGAAAAAUCAUAUCGAUUUUUCUUUAACCAACUUGUAUGAGUUUCUCCUAUGUUGAUUGCUUGAUGUAAAGCGGAAACUAUUACUGUACAAGUCAAUCAUAUUCUUGUUGAA